AUGCUGCCAACUCGACUCUUUGUACCUGGCCUAACCAUUGUCUCGUCUCUUCUGGUUAGCGCCGAGUCCAUCGAUGGCAUCAAGGCGCUUGCAACACGACUGUUCAAGGGGCACGGCGGCGAAUUUGAGUUUACCUUGACGGCGAAUACUGAACGACCGUCGCGGUGGAAUCCACCGAAGAACGACAACUAUACUGUAUCGUCGAGAAAUGGCAAAAUUCAUAUUGAAGGCACAACGCUGAGUGCACUCGCAAGAGGUCUUCGUCACUAUUCUGUUGAUUCUCUUCAGCUGGAUGAGUUCCUGUUUGCUGAGAGCCAUGCUAUCAUCCCAGACAAGCUCCCACUACCAAGACAGUCUCUGAGCCGCACCAGCGUCGUGCCAUGGAGGUAUAAUCUAAACACGGUGACCUUUUCCUACUCGUUUGUAUGGUACCAAUGGGAGGAUUGGGAGAAACUGCUCGACUGGGCCGCAUUGAGAGGCACCAACAUUCAGCUAGCUUGGGUUGGCUUUGAAAAGAUCUUUCUCGAUUCUUUCCGGGACCUUGGCAUGACAGACGAGGAAAUCAUCCCUUUCUUCAGUGGCCCUGCCUUCCAGGCCUGGAACCGUUUUGGAAACACCCAAGGGUCCUGGGGGGGCGUAGGAAACCUCAGCAGCUCCUGGAUCGAUUCUCAGUUUGAACUGCAGAAGAAGAUUGUGGCUCGAAUGGUCGAUCUGGGCAUCACUCCGGUCUUGCCAGCGUUCCCUGGCUUCGUCCCCCCGGCUUUCAGCCGAGUGCAACCAGACGCGAAUACGACCAAGGCUCCCCGAUGGACUGGGCUCCCAGACACAAACACCAGAGAUACUUUCCUCAGUCCUCUGGAUACGAGCUAUGCGCGUCUGCAGCAGGCCUUCAUCUCCAAGCAAAUCGAGGCCUUUGGCAACGUGACCAAUAUUUAUACGCUUGACCAAUUCAAUGAAAUGCCACCAACGUCCAACGAACCGAGCUACCUUUCUCAAGUUUCCACAUAUACCUACAAGGCUCUGACUGCUGCCAACCCUGCUGCGGUGUGGUUGCUACAAGGGUGGCUGUUCUUGAACAGCGGCUUGUGGACUGAGGAGCGCGUCACCGCGUACCUUGGUGGUCCAGAAGGGCAUAACAGUAUGCUUGUGCUGGAUCUUUACUCCGAGUCCAGGCCCCAGUGGCAGAGGACAAACGGGUAUUUUGGUCGACCGUGGAUCUGGUGUCAACUGCAUGAUUUUGGUGGCAAUAUGGGAAUGUACGGCCAGAUUAGCGAUAUUACCGUCCAAUCGAUGGAUGCUUUGCGUACUUCCCCUUCUUUGUCUGGGUUCGGAAUGACACCAGAAGGAUAUGAAGGAAAUGAAGUCGUGUAUCAAAUGCUAUUUGACCAAGCAUGGACAACUACCCCCAUCGACACCUCAGGUUAUUUUUACGGCUACGUCGUCCGGCGCUAUGCCGGAGUUUCCCAAACGAAUUCGCUCUUCCAGGCCUGGGAUAUUCUGCGCCAAAACAUUUACGACAACAAAGACCGCCAGGUCCCUUGUGUCGGGGUCGGAAUUUACCAAAAUGCACCCAGUCUGUCCGGUCUAGUCAACAGAACCGGCAACUGGCCUCCUCCAACAAAAGUAUAUUACGACCCAGCCACGCUGAAGAAGGCCCAUUCACUGCUCAUUCAAGCGGCCAACGAGAUUCCUCAGCUCUGGGAGAUACCCACCUUCCAGCUAGACAUUGUAGACGUCACGCGGCAAGUCAUGUCCAAUGCGUUCAACACCAUGUACACGGAUUACGUCCAAAUCUUCAACAGCCAGCUGUCGCGCCAAAAGAGACAGAUUGGCAACCAUGGAGAACUCCAGCGUCGUGACGACUUUGCCACAAAGGGAAAACAGCUACUAGACUUUCUCACCGACCUCGAUCGCGUGCUCGCGACGAACCAGCAUUUCAGGCUGGACAGCUGGCUUGACGCGGCGCAGUAUUGGGCCAAGCAGACGGGAGCGAACGACUUGGUCGCCUUUAAUGCUCGUAGCCAAAUCACCACCUGGAUCUGGGAAUCAGAAGCCCUGAACGACUAUGCCGCCAAGGAGUGGUCGGGUUUGACUCGAUCCUACUACCGGGGUCGGUGGUCGAUCUUUGUUGAUGGGCUCAACAAGGCUCUCGAAACUAAGAAGCUGGAUGAGGCCGCCAUACAUAAUCAAAUCAGAACGUUUGAGAAAUUGUGGCAGUACCGGGGGUUUCAGUCUGAAGAGGCGAGUACGGCUAGAGCUGCUAUAAAAGACGUUUUACCUGGAAUGAUGGAAAAGUGGCAAAGUGUAUUCAAGUAG